AUGGCUCCUACAAAGCAUCCUGCCAGCAAAUCCACCGGUGGCAAAGCACCCAGGAAACAAAUGGCUAAAAAAGCCGUUCGCAAGAGUGCGCCCUCUACUGGAGGCGUGAAGAAACCUCAUCGCUACAGGCCUGGUACUGUGACACUCUGUGAAAUCAGAGGCUAUCAGAAGUCCACUGAACUUCUCAUUUGCAUGUUCCCCUUUCAGCAUCUGGUGCGAGAAAUUGCUCAGGGCUUUAAAACAGAUCUACGCUUCCAGAGUGCAGCUAUUGGUGCUUUGCAGGAGGCAAGUGAGGCCUAUGUGGUUGGCCUUCUUGAAGACACCAACCUGUGUGCUAUCCAUGCCAAACGUGUAACAAUUAUGCCAAAAGAUAUCCAGCUAGCACGCCUCAUACACUGAGAACGUGCUUAAGAGUCCACUAUGAGGGGAAACAUUUCAUUCU